GAGAGAGAGAGAGAGAGAGAGAGAGAGAGAGAGAACAAGUCUUAAUUUUACCAUCCUACGAAUACAACUGAUGUCUUAUCCAACACUACAACCUUCAACCUUCCCAUUAUCAAGAGCAGUUGUUGAAUUUUUAUUUUCUAGUCUCCCCUUUUUCCUAGGGGACCCCCUACCGCAUUUCUGGUUGUUGUGGGGCUGUGAAGUUUUAAUCCGAAAUCCAUAACCAAAACUCAACCGUUAAUGCAUGUUCCGCAAAUUUCUGUGAUCCCAUUGUUUGCCCCAAAUGUGGUUGCUUUUGUUCAUGUUUUAUCUCCGUUCUCUGAAAAACUGUGUCUUUUUUCAACUCCAGUUUCAUGAUUUAAGCGUUUUAUGUGAAGUUAAACGAUACCCUUCUGAAAUUCAACUUCUUUCAGAUCUGGCUUCUUGCAAAGAUCAGAGAAUAGGAUCUUCUUUGGGGGAUUUAUCUGGCAAAAACGAAUCUCUGGGAGGUUUUUGUUGAAGGAUUUUGUUUUCUUCAUCAAUGUGGUUUGGUUUGGAGAGUGCUCUGUGAUUGAUUGAUGGAUGUUUGUGGAUCGUUGCACAAACAGUCACCAACUGAGAAGCCAAGACCGCCGUUGGUUUCGGCUGAGAAGAACAAUGCUCUCAAUACAGUGUCGACUCGCCGGCCCAGAAUUCGAGAGGUUGAUUCAAGGUAUAAAUCGCCUUCUCAAUCAAUGGCUUCUAGUACUAGGCGUUGCCCGUCUCCUAGUCCUGCAAGAACUUUACCUUUACGUACUCAGUUGGGCUCAAAGAGAGCUUUAUCGGCUGAGCGAAAACGCCCCUCAACACCGCCCUCACCGCCUAGCCCUACAACACCUGUUAAGGAGUCAUCUGUAGAUGGUACACAAUUGUCAUCUAGAAAGUUAAGUGGUGGUGGUAGAUUGCCUGAAAGUUUAUGGCCCUCUACAAUGAGGAGUCUUAGUGUAUCAUUCCAGUCAGAUGCGAUUUCUAUUCCCGUAAGUAAGAAGGAAAAACCAGUUACAAAUGUAGCCUUGGAUCGUACUUUGAAACCAUCUUCAAAUGUGGCUCAUAAGCAGGGUGAAAUGCACGGUCCUCUGUCCAGGAAGCCCACGCCCGAGAGAAAGAGGAGUCCUCUUAAAGGGAAAAAUGCGCCUGAUCAAUCUGAGAAUUCUAAACCAGUUGAUGGUUUACAAACUAGAUUGAUAGAUCAACAUCGGUGGCCUAGUAGAAUUGGUGGGAAGGUAGCUACCAAUCCAUCGGCUAAAAGUGUGGAUCUUCUGGAUAAGAUCGUUAGAAACCCAGGUACAUCAGGUCAAGGAAUUGGGGUAGCUUCGAUGAGGAGACGAUCUCUGGAUGGUUUGACUAAACCUUUACAAAAGUCUUCCAGUGAUGCUGCGUCUAGAUUGUUGCCAUUUGUUGAACUUAGUAAAGUAGGUUCUGUGGCAAAGUCAGUCGAUGACAGUUCACUGCAAGUAUCUGGAUCUUACAAGCUUACUUCUAUAGGUUUAUCUGAGAUAUCAACUUCAGCAGCUGCUGCAGUGAGAUCCCAUACAUUACCUUUGUCCGGAUCACGGCCUGCCUCACCAAGUAGGACCUCAGUGUUACAAUCCUCUAGAGGCGUCAGUCCAUCUCGGGUAAGACCAUCAACUCCUCCUCCAAGAGGUAUUAGUCCAUCUCCGGCAAGACCAUCAACUCCUCCUUCAAGAGGUAUCAGUCCAUCUCGGAUACGGUCAUCCACUACUGCUAGUCAAUCCAGCAGUUCAACUUCUGUGCUCAGUUUUAUUGCUGAUGUUAAAAAAGGGAAAAAGAGCAUAGAUGAUGCUCAUUAUCUGCGGCUGCUUUACAAUAGAUAUCUGCAGUGGCGAUUUGCAAAUGCUCAAGGAGAGGCUGUGCUUUAUAAUCAAAAAAUAAUGGCAGAGGAAACUUUGUACAACGUUUGGGACACUACUUUAAAUCUGUUGAAUUCAGUAAUGACUAAAAGAAUUAAUCUCCAGCAGCAGAAUCUGGAACUAAAGUUAAAUGCAGUUUUGAACAAUCAAAUGGCAUACCUUGAUGAGUGGGCUUCAAUUGAAAGGGAUCAUAUUAGUUCUUUAUCUGGUGUUGUAGAAGAUUUGGAGGCGAGCACUUGCCGAGUUCCAAUAACUGGAGGGGCAAGGGCCGACGUUGAAUCUUUAAAGGGUGCUGUUUGGUCAGCUGUUGAUGUGAUGGAGUCAAUGGGAUCCUCCAUAUGUUCUCUACUAUCCAGGUUGGAGAGGAUGAGCAGUUUGGUUUCUGAACUUGCUGUUGUAACAGCACAAGGAAAAGCAAUGCUAGAUGAGUGUGAAGCUCUCUUAGCUUCAACAGCAGCUAUGCAGCUAGAGGAGUACAGCCUUAGGACUCAGCUUAUACAAAAGAAACAAACUUUGGAGAAAGGAUGACGAAGAUGAUGAUGAUGAGCACAACCAUUAAUGGCCAUCUGAAACAAAACCUCGAAGAUCCUGACCAGCUGCUAUGAUGCUAACAAAUUUACUUCAAGAGAGGGAAAGAGAAGAUGUUGUUUGCUUGAGUCUCAGUAAAUGUAAAUUUAUUUAUUUUUUUCUUUUUUCAAUCUUGUUGGAAUUUUUAAUUAAUUUUUUUCUUUUCUACGUUGCUCCGAUCUUUCUUAGGUGUAAUUUUGUACCAGGCAUAUGAACAGAAAAUGCCAAGAAAUCAAAAGGGGUUAAAAAUUUCAAUGUAGAAAGAAGCAAAAGUUUCAGUGAGAGGAAGAAGAAGCUUAUGAGUAAAUUCUGUUGUAUCUCUUCAUUUUACACUUGAAAUCUUUGUAUAGAAAUUUAUAAUUUGACAUCAUAUAGAGACGGUAAUCUAUAUUGUUUUAGUUA